AUGACGACCACCCUUACAACCGAUGAUCACAUUCCCGGUGACGCGUCGCCAUUGAUCGCCAUCAUCUCCAUAAUCGCUGUCAUAACCCCUGCGAUGGCGACGGCUGCCAGUUUCCCCACUAUCUCAACCAGAGAAAACGCUCCCGACGCCUCGUCAAUCACUACCCUCACUAUCGCGCCCCCAACACCAAUGAUGCUGACUCCAUCCAACCUGUACUCGUUGAGUUUGCGCACUGACCCUACACAUCGGCCUGGCAGGUCACCUGUGAAUCCGUCGUACAGUGAUCGGUACAUCAGCGCCAGGAGCCCUUACAUCCACCCGCCACAUCCGCGUCCACUGUCCGCACUGUCCACGCACAUUCAUACACUGAAUGGGCCUACUCAGUCAUACUCAUAUCCACGACAGUGGAAUUCACCGCAAUGUCGACUCACAAAUCAUACCUUACUUAACAACACAGCCCAGGUCCUCAGCUUUCAUAGCAAUACCGCCCGGUAAUGCACAAACGGGACUGUGUGAGGACGCUUUUCGACCGGGUAAAAACGCACUUUAGCGAGCCCGAAGGAAGGAUGCAAGCGCUACGGCAUUCCAGGGACCAAUUGGCAAAGAACGGCUAUCCGACUAGUUUCAUCAGCAGCUGCCUACGUAUGCACCCAUGACGGACAAAGAAAAGAGAGACGCCAACAGGUUGACACUCCCUACCGUACAUGAAGAAUGUGUCCGAGGCCACAGAACGCAUUGCGGUAGAGUUAGGCGUGGGCAUCUCCCACCAUCCGCGACUAUCCUACGUAGCAUAAUCAGGAAGAUGAAGGACCGGCUGGACGCAGUUAGACGAUAGGGCGUAGUCUAUUAAAUUCCGUGCUAUAAAUGUUCAUGCCAUUGCACAGGCCAAACAGGACGACGUCUCAGCCAACGAAAAUUCGAGCACAAACGGGUUAUUCGGAGAGGCGACCCACUAUCGUUGGGGGAAGGCCAUGAGUUCGACUUCGCUAACACGCGGGUAUUAGCGCGGACAGACAACAAGACGGGGUGGGAACUGUUGGAGGCGUGGGUUUCGGACACUAACUGCAUCGAUAGACACAUUGACUUGCCUGCGUGUCAUCACGCACUGCGCCCACGCAGCCAGGUUGCGCAGCUCGCAUUGCCGUGAAGGAGGAACGCCGUAACCAUGCCGGAAGACCAUUGCGGGUCAGGCAGCGCCAACCAGACCUAGCCACGGACGCAACAUCACACCCCCUCACGGUACAACGGUAUGGACGUUCACACGUUGUUGCACUCUAACAGUCUCUGAGCGUGAACUCCUGUUCGAGUUCGGAAGCUAAAAUCCAUAAGGCUAUCGCUCCAGUGAUCGUACCUUUGUCUUCUUUUAAGAAGUGUGUUUUUCGACUUCUCCUUCAUGUAGCCUUCCCGCUGUGCGUGAGAUCCAAGUAGUCUACUCUUGAGUGCAACCUCGAAUUGCGCGUAUGGAGGGCCAGACCGUGUGUCUGGUACGCCCAGACGAGCUGUUCUCAGCUCUGUUAGCCAGGUGUCCAAAUCUCAGCACUAGCUGGUUGACUGUUUUGAGGAGUCGGCCGGUGCACGGGAAAGGAUAAAACGAGUCUCUUGACGCACGAUUCCUCACUAUCAACAAUCUUACGCGAUUGAGACAAAAAACACACAAAACACGUCAGCGCACUGCGUGUUUUUGUGUGUGGACAACUGGUGGACUGAUAGUCAGACUGCGAUGGCUCCUUCGUAAUGGAAUUCUCACAUAUGUGAGAUCCGAGCUGUUGUAGCCCUAUGCACGGACAGAUCGUGUACGUGGCGCACGCGCGCAGACAGGCCCUCCUUCUCUGUCAGCUACCCCACCCACUCCCGCGUCAGACAGCUGACCGGGUCGGACGCGGACUGGUGCCCAGAAGCGGUGAGUGUGAGGUCGGCGGCCUCAGCGCAUAUUCCUCAAUACAAACAAUCUGAUGCGGUCCAAUCUGUCCCGGUGCGCUAAAAGCCCCGACUUGGAAGACUGCCAUCCAACAGGUUAAUUCGGUUCUCCUCUGAGAACGGAGAGUCAGGCGGCAUUAGCUCCUUCUUAAUGUGGCCCUUAUGGCACUCCCACUCAGUAUGGAUUCAAGCCGUUACCUUUUCCUGUUGCGCAAAAUCUUGGUAAUUUGUAUGUGGUGGACCGGAGAGUGCGGUGGCACGCCUAGAUGCGGGUUCUCACCCCGCCCCCCUUUUGCGCCUCCGGUCUUCUUGACUCUAUCUUAACCUCGGGUCCAUAUAGAAAAGCAGGGGAGAGUGCGGAAAUUGCUGCGCAAAUAAACUAUCCUUACAAACUAAAUCCCGUGCAAGUCACUGUCCCUGCUCCCAUCCUGCAAUAGAGCACACAGUGGACAUCGUCGGCAACGACGGUCGAACGCCAUUAUGCCUGUCGGAAUUGCUGCUUUAACAGCGGACUCAAAAUAUCACGUAUAUUUUCCAGUCUGCCCAUAAAUAUGUGAACGCUAAUGAGCCCUAAAAGACUUUUGCAGUCGGUUAAGUCCGGGCUUAGUACGAGUUCGUGAAGUCUGCCAUUUACUCAUCCUACUGAUAUUUCUGGUUCCAGGCAAUCAACCCUAACUGUCGCUACACCAUAUCCCUAUCUCUAUAUCACUCACGAAAAUAUGAGUUUUUUCAUCUUGUUAAUCGAUGGGCAUACUCCGUGAAAGUCCCUUUUCCUUCGGCGAAUUACAUGGAGAUCGAAAUUUUAAAUACUACAAAUGCAUCGAAAUGCCCAUACUGGCUCCGCUUUGCGCAUACUUAUCUGCUUGUUUAAUUGGAUAUGGCUACUAGAGCCAUGAGCAUUUACAGGACGAAAAAUGUGGGCAGAGGACUCCACACGGAGGCAGGGAAUCCAAAAGUUCAGCUCUUCCCCGAGAGCUACCCUAUUGCCUAAAGUCUGUAUUACGAAAGCGACUAUAAUCUAUUGCAGUUUUUUUAUUAUUUGCUUCUACAAGACAUGCCCCACAACUCAGCAACAGAACUUAACUCAGACCGCAUUCAGCUUGUCCUGCGUGUCAGAGACACCCACUGACGGCGAACUCGUCAUAUUUUACCGUAUAUUCUGUCAUCGUCAGUUAAAAAAACUUAACUCAGUACGAACAGGGUCAUCCUUGAGAAAUUACCCCGGCUGCACUAUGGCCUUGUACUGUCCAGGCAACGAUGGGUUGGGUUUAUGAGAUUAGAAAUGUUCAAGUGAGGAAGAGGAAGACGGAUUGAUCGCCGAAUAUUUUUGAAAAUAGCUGCGACUCAAAAGCCUACCUUUAAAUGAGACUUGCACGUUACCCUCGUGGACGGCCGCUGAUAUUGCAAAAAAGAUUUCGAGUUAUGUCUCUCAUGUGGUUUUUCCAAACAAUAUUUUCUGAAUGUGGAGGUCCUCUUCAACAGUCUUGUGGGGAAGGGCGUUGCUCCAGAAAGGUAAUUCUUCACUAGUCAGCUACUGAAACAAUUGUAGUAGAAAUGUUCUGCUGGACAAAAAUGCCUGUUGUCAUCAGUAAGCAUUUGCUUCUUGUAAAUCGACUGUCCAAGACUAGCCACUCUUUUGGCAAACGUCAGUCUUCCGUAAGCAACCGCCGGACCAUUCGUCCAAAUACAGGCAGGAAAUGGACGUGGCUGUGGGCUUGACACUGCAUGGAGACCUAAUGGGUAUACCAAAACCCAGCGAUGAGACCGAACCACUCCCAACUUCGCUGUUCACGGAGAAUGCUGUGAAUGAUGCAUUAGGGGCAAAUUUGGACCCAUAUGUCUUCGAAUCGACUGGAAGUUCGACAUACACAAACUGAAAUACUGAGGACGAAAUUUUCCCCACACACCGACACUGACAACAUACGUUUGAGGCCCCGAACAGUCCUGUUGGACACUUUCUCAUCCACCCCGGCGGCAACGCCUUAAACCCUCCUAAUCACAGCCCGGAACGCCAAAAAAGUCGGGGAAACCGUCCCGAGCUUCCCUAAACCUAACUAUAAUUUCCGACCAAGGUUCAGUCUUAUCAACAAAGUCAUCGUAUUCAGCUCGGCAAGAGCACAGUCAGCUGAUGGAUGACGAUUGCUAUCUGUGUCCACACCGUAUAAACUCGUCUCCACGGAGACCGUAAAUUCCAGCCUUGUAGUAGCCUCAUGCGGUAUCUACGGAUUCAGCAAGCCCCGAAUGGAAGGCCUUUAACGCCCUCAAAUUCAAACAACAUUUCUGAGAAAAAAACGGGAGCGUUCAAGUUUCGUUGACAUUAGCGUUCACUUACUCCCACCCAUCCACUAAUUUAGGGAUAUAUUUUAGAUAUAAGUCUCCGACAAUGGUUGUAUGCAUAAUAAAGCUUGUUUCUACCAUAUCGGUCGUCGCCAUUCAGUGAGGCCUCAAGCGCAGACCGCACGCCAGAGUCUUAAACUCAAGUAAGUUGGUCAUCGAUCAACACUCUCACUGCUGUACCGCCCGCCACAUCUCACAUCCAAUGAGUUGAGGAGUAUUAAGGCACACGGAUUUCGCACGUAUCGGUUGCAAGACGGCACUGCAUGCAACGAACGACGUCCAUGUGAUGCUGAACCAUACCUUCUUUUCUACUUUACAGAACCUCAAAGUCAUUUUCGGUUCCUACGUUGCCCAUAGGGAUCAUAUUUUAAGUAAAAAAGGUUUAAAUUAAGAGAUACUAACCGUCUACCCGUGCCGGCCUUUAUGGGAUGAUUGUUGAAGUCGUUCUGUGAGAGGCUAAAGUCUUCAGCACAACGGCUUAGCAGAUGAGGCAACAGGGGCUCCCGUUCAUUGAGCUCCUCGUCCUCAUGCAGCCAUUGGUUAGCGUUUAAUGUGCGUGGAUGUCCACAAAUGAGUCCAAAUGGGUUGACUGUGAGUUAGUGAAACAGGAGAGUAUCAGAAGCAAUCUGGUCAAAACAUCAGCACCUUUAACGCCAGUAAGUGGAAACGGACCUGGGCCGCUGGAACAGAGGUCGACUUGCCAAAAUUUCUAGAUUAGCUUUCCAAAAGGCAAAAUGAUGAGAAACCCACUAUUCACAAACUGAAAUGUCUGCAAGAACGCGUAUGGCAGGUGACGUAACUGGCGAAGCACCCGCAGGUAUUGCGGCCUCUAUGCGUCUCUAGAAACCCAUUUCUAUCUCUGAUGACGAAUUCCGGUCUGAAUUCGAAACAUCAGACAGAUAAGAUUUAAUUUCCAACCAUCGAGUCUUCUUCUUUUCGUGUGUACGGAGGCUGAACACAUUCUACUGCACUAUGGAUUUUUCUUAGCAAAACGAUUUCGGUCAGAUAUGGUUAUGUAGCCGGACCUGAGGUAAACAAACUCCAGUCACCUGUUACCUGGGACCGGUGGUAAUAGGGGGUUUUAUAGGUUGAGGCUGGGGAACGCACAGGCGACGAGUUCAAGUAACUGUGUGCAAAAGAAAAGCUAUUGGGAAUGCGCAGUUGUAAUUUGAGUGGUUGAGAAAUUGUUGCUCUAACCCGAAACCCUACCCCCAACAGUAUUGUGUCCAUCAUGUGCGACCACAUAACCACAUCUUACUAAAAUAUCACCAAUUGAUAGUUGUGGGCAGACCGUCGAUCAUAUGCGUCAACAUCGUUAUCGUGAUAACACUAGGAUUUUGUAUUGCUGUCACAGAAGCCAGCCCUUAUCCACAUAUCAUCGAAGUCUACCGAAAAAGACUCAUGGGGUAGUAGUCUACAGGAGGGAAGGAUAAUAGACGAGCACUUGUUUAGUGAAUCGCAGGAAUUAAUUUUGGGAAGGUGAGGUGGAUUUGCACCACAUCUUCUUCGCGUCCUCUCCUCAAACCAUCUCCCCUUCUGGUGGCAAGACAAUGUCAAAGGGAUAGAAAGUGGACGUGAGCGAAGCGCCUGCGAAGGGUCUUUCUUAAUGCGAUUUUCAUGGGAGAGCUCAUUUCUGUGAGAUAAGAGCCAGCAUGCGCGCUUUGCUGUCUCUGCCUGCUCAAUAUCUCCGUUUCGGCGAUGAGCUCGCACGAAGGCUAGCCAACCUCCGCUGCCGCCGCCGCCGCCGCCAACGACGACGACGACGACGACGACGACGACGACGACGACGACGACGAAAACGCCUCUGUGGAGAACCGAUGGUGACACGGUCCAGUCAACAGCCCUGACCGUCAUUGGUCGUGCAAACCGCCAACACCAGGACUGGUUCGACGACAACGACGCCGUCACCAGCAAUCUGCUCGUCGAGAAGAACCGUCUGCAAAAAACCUACGUAGACCACCCCACCGACGACAACAGAGCUGCUUUAUACCGCAGUCGCCGCCACUUGCAUUAAGGACUCGCAAGGCUAAGGAGAUCCAAGGGUACGCGGACCGCAACGAAUGGAUGAAAUUCUUCUGCGCCAUCAAAGCUGUGUACGGUCCGCGGACCAAGGGCACCGCUCCUCUCGUCAGCGCCGAUGGAACUACCCUUCUCACUGAGAAGAAAAAUUCUACGGCGAUGGGUCGGGCACUUCCGAGGCGUCCUCAACCGUCCCUCCGCCAUCUCCGACGCCGCCACCGCCCGUCUGCCUCAAGUGGAGACCAAUGCCGGCUUCGACCUCGCGUCCUCUCCACACAAAACAAUCAAGACCGUACAACAACUCUUCAGCGGGAAGGCAUCCGGAUCGGAGGCGAUCCCUGCCGAGAUCUACAAGCACGGUGGUUCCCAACUUAUGGAACACCUGACGGCGCUCUUCCGGGAAAUGUGUUGUCAAGUAGAAGUCUCGCGGGAUUUCAAGGACCCCACAAUCGUCUACCUCUACGAACGCAAAGGAAACCGCCAAAUCUACGAAAUCACCGAGGCCUCUUCCUGCUGA